AAUGAAUUAGCCUGUCACGGUCACGACCAUGCGUGCGGAAAUGAAGAGGGAACAUCAACAAUCUACGCUCCACUUCAAUUGAUUUGAACUAACAAGUCUGGCCACAUUUCCAUGCAAAAUUACACAAAUUUCGAGUUUUGACUUUGGGCCAAUUUUGGCGUUUCAUUGAAGGAUAAUACACAGAAAAAGAAAGCUCUUUAAUCCUCGAGUUCAUGAGGUAACCGCUUCGCUUUCGUCUCCUAAAAUGGGACUUAUUUAUAUGGAUUGAUCAAUCGAGACGGAAUCGUUCGGUAGAUAUUCAUGUAGCAAUGGAGGUGAAGUAUUUGUUUGUACCGCUGCUUCUAGUGCUGUACGGAGUUCCUUCUUUGGUAUCCGGUGACCAUCCUAGAAGUUUACUGUCUUUCUGGAAUUGGAAUGGUCACCAUAUCGACUUCUGGCACGUUGGGUGUUUUAAGGAUACACGAACGCGAGCCCUACCUUUCCGGGUCAUAUCAAUAGCAUCAACGGAACCAGACACCAUCGUCAGAUGCGCCAAUGUCACCUGGACCUUAGGCUACGAUGCGUUUGGAGUUCAGAACGGCGGAGAAUGCUGGACAGGAGUGAAUGCGAGUGACACUUAUGACAAAUACGGCGUCUUGGAUGGUGCAAGUUGCGGCAGUGGUGGAAAAGGGGGACGAUGGGCCAAUGAUGUCUACUUUUUGAACUCGUCUACAGGUGGAUUUGAAAUGCUUCGUUGCUAUGAGGCACAAGCGUCUCUGUCUUAUCAAAACCUGGGUCUGGAUUCAGUGUCUGAAGAUGACAUUAGACCGAUUCUUAGCGACAUGCUCAUAACGAUGUCUCGAUUCUUGGGGACUAGACUGAAUACCUGCAAAGCUGUUGAUCUUGUACUUGGAUCCAUCACAAUGAUCGAAAGGACAGACAACUUGGAGAUUGAUUUCGCGAUAAUUUUUACCGCAAAUAAAAGUAUUUCUCGUGACAAGGUCAACUCUACUCUUUGGAGGUGUUCGAGUAUCGCAAGACAAAAUACAGUUAUAUUAAUGAACGUGAAAACUUUAGAAGUCAAUAACGUUGCUCAUAGCCCAAAAGAAGGUAACCUGAUUAGUAUGACGUCAUGCUGCGCUAGGGGAGUACCGCCGCCCUGUUGUCCUAAGGGCUCAGUAGAGGUUACUUCCGGUAUAUGUGCUUGCUUGCCAGGGUAUGGAAGGGAAAAAGGAGGUUGCGCACUGUGUAAGGCAAACCAGUACAGCGAACACCAAGCCCGGCCCUGCAAAAAUUGUCCGCCUGGAACAAAUACAUGGGGGCGUAAGGGUGUGGUCAACAAGGCUAACUGCACGGGGAGAAAUCCAAUUAACGUCUCCGAAAAGACAGUCACGCUCCCUUUUGGAUUGAAAGCGGGUGAAGUGGUUGCAAAGGUAACUGCCAGCUACAUCAGUGGUUCCCUGGUCAUCCCACCUCUAGUCUACGCAAUCCGCCGUGUAACCAUGGCAACAGAUGAGUCAUCUAGCUCAAAGUCGCCCAAAGAAGAUGACGCUAUGGACUUCUUUUCUAUUGAUGACAACACUGGAGAAAUUUCAAUCACAAAAAAGUUUAACUUUAGUGAUGGGGUAAACUAUGUGGUUGAUGUUAACGUUUCCGAUUCGGUUGCACCUGAUCUCGGAGUCAUAACGAGACAAGUCAAGGUGCGGUUUGAGUGCAGGGAUGUGUGUAAACGCAGCCGAGAGUUAUAUCAAGGAGUUACAGAAGUUUGUACUGAGACGAAUGUCACGAAACGCAUAAAUGGUGUCAACACUACAUCCCUCACCAUCAGUAACCUCGACAUGACUACAAUUAACUCUUGCCAACUAAGACGCGAAUUAGAAGAAGGAAAUUAUGUCCUUUGGUUACAGUCUGGAAGCCAGAAGCUAAGGAUUAAUUUCACAGUGCAAGUUGAAGAAGAGUUUUCGGGAAAACCAUUUUCCAUUAAGAACUUUUCAAUUACAAACAAUGAAUUAAAAGUUGGAGUACUAUCUCACCAAGGACCAAAGUCCUUCUCCGACAGUCAAGGUGUGACUAUUGUAGGAAUCCAAAGACCCAACUGUCAAAGUGUGGACUUUGCUUGCAAAAGCAAGGUUCUUACUUGGAGAAACGCGGUCGGUAAAAACGGUGAUGAGUCUUGUGGCGCAGAUCCGAAGAUGAUGCUGUUACGAUAUGGCGACUGUGUCGCUUUACCCACCACGAGCCUUCUUAUCACCAAAGCACCUUCAGAAGAUGAUCCAUCAGUGACCUUACUAUGUACUGUCAAGAGUCCUCUAUCGUACAACAUCACGUGGUACCACAACAAUGUCCUCAUACCUGAUCUAAGUCUGACUAAGCCUGACUAUGGCUUCCAAGUGACCCGAGAGAGACAGGGUAACUACGCAUGCGUGGCAGAGAGCAUCGCAGGAAUGACGCGAUCGACUUCCGUGCUUGUAGCUCCCAAAAACAUGUACACUUGGUAUCUACUUCUCGUCUCAACCAAGAAAAAUCAGCCGCCAAAUGAUGUAGCCAGCAAGGUACAAAGUUUCCUGAACAGCGACCACGACCAAAAUCGAUACAGUGUUUUGAAAAAAGGAGAACCAACGGACAAAGGCAGACGAAUGGAAUUUGUUGUAUAUGAAACCAAAGACGGAAGCAACGUAACGACAGCAUACAAUAGAUUGAAAGAAAACCUCGUGCGAGGAGCGUCCGAUGAACUGAAGCAACUCAAACUCAAGAAAAAUAACAUUGGAGUUACAAGUGCAGAAUAUUGCUUUGCAGAAGCAACUGGAAAAGAGGAUAUCAAAGGCAAAUACAAUUGGCAAACAACGAAAUUGUUGAAAGUAGUUACCUUAUCAUGUUUCUACAAUCAUGAAGAAAACGCAACGAGAAUUUGCAUCGGCGAUUUUGCUUCUGGAGCGACUUGGCAAGAUCCUAUGCUCGAACGUUGUCAGUAUAAAAGCAAAAGAACGAGACAGCUUCACGACAUCUCACAGCGACCCAUUACAAAUGCCAAUGCCAAGAGCACUGCAGAUGAGCUGAAGACCUUGUUGUCUCAGACACCAGCGAAGGAUCUUAACGAAGCUGAUGCUUCUCUUGUGGCUGACACUUUAGACAACUUGGUAGAUAACAAAGAGUCACUGAACGAGACUGGCGAUGUCAUUGUUUUUGUUGUGAGUGACAUUAUGAAGAUGGACAAAAAGACGCUUUCCGGCAGCAAGCAGGCGUCCACCAAGAUCGUCAAGACUCUUGAUACCCUUGUCAUGACAAUGCCUCUCCCAGAAGGCCAAACUUCCAAGCAACUCACAGCCGACUCCCUGACGCUUCAGCUGAAUCAGAUUAACAUAAGCGCAUUCAGCGGCCUGACAUUCAGCAAGAAAGGCAGCAGUUCCGUACAGCUACCGAUAACCCUUUUCCAAGCCGGCGACCAGUACUCUGAUCGGGUCGGAUUUAUUUAUUACGGAAACAACAAGCUGUUUCAGGUCGAUGAAGCCAAUGUGCUAGAUGAUGACGCGGAGGGUCUGGUGACAAGUGACGUAAUUCUGUCGUGUAGCGUGUAUAACACGAGCAUUCGGAAUCUAUCAGAGCCUGUUGCUUUGACAUUCCCUAAGCCGAGUGGAGUCUGGGAACUUAAGUGCGUCUACUGGGUCGACAAUAUGAGCAUAUGGUCCAAUGAAGGCUGUCACGUGACCGAUAACGGUGGAUGCGCCUGCAAUCACUUGACCAGCUUUGCCAUGAUAUUCUCCCCACCAGGCCAGGCGAGGGAUGGGGAUGAUCCGCUGACCAAGUCUCUGACCAUUGUAUCGUAUGUGGGGUGCGCCAUCUCGCUCGUAGGGGUUCUUCUCACUUUGCUCACAUACUCGUUAUUCAGACAUCUACGCAAGACGAAUCAGCAACCUAUCCUGAUCAACCUCUGCAUCGCGCUUGGCCUUCUGCUGGUGGUGUUCCUAGCGGGUGCCAGCCGACCUGAACCUCAACUUGGCUGCCAGAUCGUAGCGGUCCUGCUGCACUACCUGACCCUCGCCGUGGUGCUGUGGAUGGGCGUGGAGGGGUACAACCUCUACCUGCAGAUCGUCCAGGUCAUGGCCACGUACCAGAGGAGGUUCAUGUUGAAGGCUGUGGUAUUUGCAUGGGGCGUUCCCGCUGUGAUUGUUGCUAUUACGGCUACUGUGGCUGCCGUACAAAUCACCAAGAAUCCUGGAAGCUUAUUCUCCUAUGGGAGCAAAACAGCGUGUAUCCUCUACGACCCCUUGUACUAUUGGAUCGCCUGGUUCGCCCCAGUCCUUCUCACCCUCACCAUCAACAUCGUGGUCUACGCGCUGGUUGUCCACAAGCUUGGCUGCACAGACGCCAUGGUGAAUCCAGAAAAGAAAUCCUUGCAGCGAUACCGCGUCCGAACCGCCCUUGCAAUCAUGGUCUUACUCGGUCUGACCUGGCUCUUCGGUGCGCUCUCAUUCGGGGACAAAUUACAGCGUGUCACGUUCGAGUAUCUCUUCUGUAUCUUUAACUCCCUCCAAGGUCUAUUCAUAUUCAUCUUCCACUGCCUAAGGAUCAAGGAGGUGCGGAAUCAGUGGAAGUUCUUUUUUAGCGGUUUCGGGAUCAGCCACAGAGGGACAUCUGAUUCGUACCAGAGAUCGAAGGGAAUCGGCGAAAGUCAUCAUAGCUCUGAGGCGCCGUACGCCAAGGUUACACACUAUGUCGCGAGACACGACAGCGACCUACAACGACCGAGGAAGGAGACUGUUUCGACUAUUGUCGCUGGUGCAAACAAUAGUGUUGGGGAUACCAAGGACUUUUGUGGUGAAAACCACGUGGAUAUUGAGUUGAAAGAUAAUUAUAAUACUGGACUCGAAUUUAAUAACGGGGAAACAGGACACGAGGAAAUAAAUUGUGACAAGAUCGUGUAGCCAAUCAGAGACUCGCAGACGUCAAUGUCAAUCAUCAUCAAUCAUAUUAACCUAUAGCAUACACCUAACAACAAAGAAAAAGAACCCGAUGAAGUAAGGUGUGUCAAGAACUUGUAACCAUUUAGACACUUAGACACUUUCCUGUAAAACAUUAACCUAUAGAAAGCUAGAAAGGACACGAACAAGGGCGUGUAGCCAAUCAGAGACUCGCAGAGGUCAAUGUCAAUCAUCAUCAACCAUAUUAACCUAUAGCAUACACCAAACAACAAAGGUGUGACAAGAACGUGCAACCAUUUAGACACUUACAUACUUUCCUGUCAAACAUUAUCAUAUUAACCAAUAGAAUACACAAUGAGCUAGAAAGGACACGAACAAGAGCGUGUAACCAAUCAGAGACUCGCAGACAUGCCUGUCAAUUAUCAGGAUCUGUAUUAACUAAUAGAACAACACACCAAGCCACACAUAGGGAGAAAGGACAAGAGGAGUGGAGUUGUGAUAAGAGCGUGUAACCAGAGACCAAGAGAUGCACCUCUCAGUCACUGUCAUCGUUUAUGGAAUCACCAUAAGAGCCACAUAGAGCCCCUACAAAUACAAUGCAACAUUCAUGCAUUCUCUGUGAUUUGGUCCAAUCUAUUUGUGAUACGCGUCUGCAGUAAGGAACUUUCUCAGUAUUAUUAUAAGUGUUUAAUAUAAGUGUUUCAUUGAUUGGUUUUAUUUGGUACUGAGACUCUAGACAGUACUACGCUUGGAUAUGGUUUGUUACGCCAUCAAAUAUCAAAUAGGUGUUUGGUACGGGGGUUGUAGGGGCGUAGCCAGGGGGGGCCGUCCCCCGCCUUCUUGCAGCCAAAAAUACAUUAAAUAUAUAGGACAUUAUUAAAAAUACUGGAGAAAAUGCCUUGAAAGGGCCUUUUGGGGCUCCUCCUUUUAAAAAUACCUGACUACGCCGCUGGGUUGAUUACAAGAUUGAUUCAUGGUAGAUAUAUGCUGUUUUAUAAGCGUCCCGAAAGCAAUGGACUUAAUUUUAGCGAAACCAAAGAGUAGGGUAAGCUUUUAUUGUUUACCGAGUUAAGAAAUACACGUCGCACAUGAGACAGCAAAAAAAAAACACAGUUUCGUUACACUAUAAUGAAGCUGAUAUAGGUUUUAUUUAUCAGAAUAUAAGAAUUUAAAAUAACCUCGUACUUUCAACCAUAAGUUGAUGAUCAUAAAAAAACCUGUAUACCGAUAUGUCGCGCUACAUAAGUAAUACAAGUUAUUAAAUCGUUAUAAGUGCAAA